GCGUUUGAAAAAGUGACGUUUGGCUUUCAUUCAUCGCAGCCGUGCACACGCGCCCGCACACACACACUCACGCGCGCAAGCCUCAGCGAUACCGGGGAGGGGUGCGCGUGUGUGCGUGAGAGAUCGCCGCCGCUUGUGCGAGAGUGUGCGUUGGAUGUAGCAGCGCUCGCAGCGCAGACAAAGCUUUCCCUUUAGAUUGGUCCAAGUGCUCUGGCUCUGUUCACAGUUCGCUCGAGUCCCCGAAGUAAGUUGUUCUGCGCCCUGUCUGGUGCUCUGUGUGUGUCCAUAGGAAAAAAGUGGUCAUAAAUUAGUGCAUUUUGUGCGGCCUAUUUCUCCAGUAUCUUACUCCGGACAUUUUAAUUGUUUGUGACUAAAACCUAGCAAAAACACGAAAAGUAAUUGCUACCAUGGCUGAGAAACCAAAGCGUCCUCUAUCAGCGUACAUGCUGUGGCUGAAUUCGGCCCGCGAACAGAUCAAGAAGGAGAACCCCGGAAUUAAAGUGACAGAAAUCGCCAAAAAGGGCGGAGAGCUGUGGAGAGGAAUGAAGGAUAAGUCGGAGUGGGAAUACAAGGCGGCCAAGAUGAAGGAUGAGUACAACAAACAGAUGCAAGACUUCGAGCGAAACGGAGGAAGCAAGGACGCCGGAACCAAGAAAAAGAAAGGUGCAAAGAAAGUUGUCAAAAAGAGCAAAAAGAAGGAUUCGGAGGAUGAAGAUGACGAGUCUGGAGAUGAGAGCGACUGAACUAAUCACUAACCUUAAAAUAAUUAUUUUUAAUUUAUUGUGUAAAUGUUCGGGGCCUUACUUCAACUACAAAACCACAGCCAUCUCUUUCUCUCCCCCUGUCUUACACGCCGGAAACAGAACAGCCAACGCACUACUUGAGGACAGUCCUCGCUGUCCCCAGUCCCAGUAUUCCUGAAUACUGACCCUGCUACGUACAUCGUACUAGUAAAAUAACCCUCUAAAACCACACCCCUCCCGGCACCCCCCGUCAGUAUAAUGAAAGGCUUUCCGACAGUUUGAUAAACCGUCAAAAAGAUUCCUUCUUCAUCAAAACUACUACCCUAAUACUGCUACCUACUGUUCACUAACCAAAAAAGAUCUAUCAACUUGCCACCGCGUCACACACAACUUUACACAAAAUUGAAAUGAAAACGAACUAAAAAAACGUAAAAUGACAAGUGGAAAAAUAGAGUUUUACCUAUUGAACAACCAAAAACAACCAGGCCAAACGCGCAUAAUUUUAUGGGAAAUGUCUGCCCCCGCCCCUUCUUUACCCCCCUUGAUUCAAGUUUCGAUAGUGGUAUGAUGGAUACAUGUUUGUUGUGUUCCUCCUCUGUCUCUUUGAAAUGAUGAGUUACAAGAAGAAGAAGCAUUUUUGGAAGAAUUUGGAAGAAAAGAUGACCAUGACAACACAACACACGCCACCCACCAACCAACACAACCCACCACCCCCUCGAGUGUGAAGAGGAGGAGGAGGGUGGGGAAAGGGUAAAAGCAGGAGGUAUAAUUUGGAUUUUUAUUUUCCAUGUCGAUUGUGAACGUCCUCUGUAUCUUGUUUGGGGGGGGUUUCUCUUAGAACAAAAAGCUUAGUAUAAUGCCACGUACGCGUAUAGUUGUUGCAUUUAUGCUGGCCGGCUGUGUGUGUCGUGUUUUGUGUGUUGUCAGCUAUGUGCUGAACCAGCCGCGACCACCAAGCUAUAUGGCAUAAGUGCACUGAAGGAUGUGCAAGGACAAAAGGCCACGUAGGAGCGUUUGCCUGUGCAACUGUCACAGAGGAGCGCUUUACUUUCUCUCUUGUCCUACAUCACUAGCUUCAAGCUAUACAUGCGUGCAAGUGGAGAGGAGAAGGGAUAUCGUAGCUUUAGUAGACACAAGUACCGUGUUCAUGUUUAAUGUUUACUUUUAUGUUCUCUAUCAUACAUCUCCCACAACAUACACAUACACACACUCUCAUAAAUAUCACGAUGAAACGGUGCGCAGGAUCAGCAGUUUCUGCAGACAGUUUCAUCGUUGAUUACGCAUGUGUAUGAUCCACCAUCUCAUGUCAGUUGUUGGGGGGGCACAGCACAACACCCACGUUUCAAUCAACAUUCCAAUAUUUUUCACCAAAUUAGCGAUAGCUUUUAAUAACAUUACAGACACAUGAUUGCGUCCGAAUGCUACUGGGAGGGGGUGUACGCGACCGUUCCGCAUUCAAACUAAUACCCCUUUGAGAGAGAGUAUUUGGAGUGUGCGCGUGGAUGUCGCGUGCCAAAUGUCCCGUUUCCGCUUUUUUUGUGUGGUUCUACGCACUUCCCGGAAGAAGAGUUAGGUGCGUUUUCUCCUGGUUUCGAAGAAGGGUAAAGAAUUAGAGAAGGAUGUUAGAUCGAUGCAUUAGAAUCGGAGCGUGUAGAGAAAGAAGGUUAACACCGAUCCCUCCCCAAAUUGUGUAAACUACCGUAGAAAAAGCAGCACUAACCGACCAGUAAUGUAAUUGUACCUUUUUUAUACUAUUAUUAUUAUUAUUAUUUUACCCUUGUUUUGCGAGCCUCUAGAACUAUUUAGUAUUAUUUUAUUUUCUUAAUUCGAAAAACCAAUGCAUUGCGCGCGCCUCUCACCUACCAGCCACCAGGCAUAAUCAUCUCUCCUCACGUUUUCCUCCUUUUGGUUUUUUUUCUCUUCACUUAGAUUUUGCUUUAGAUAGAUGUGUUGCGACAGGCACACACCACACGCGAGAAAACACUCGGCCGUCGCAUCACAUUUCUCUAGCAAAGCGUGUUUUGCCCGUUUGAUGAUCCUCCUUAAUUUUCGUGUUUUUUUGUUUCUUUUUCAAGGAAGGCCGUGAUUAAGUAAUGAUGAUGAUGAUUGAUAAAAAGAAGUGUGAGAGAGAAAGAUCAGAAAUGGAAUCGUAAAGGAGAGGAAGGCAAGGAAAGGAAAAAGCACAGCAGGAGCGCAGGAUGAGGAGGAGGAGGUGGAUGCAGAAAGCGGAAGGAGGAGAGUGAGAAGGAAAAGGCGCGAAUGGUGUUUGGUGUGGUGUGUGGGGGUCGUCAGCCAAAUCGAUGAUUACAUUUCUUCUCCUCCAUUUUUUUUAUAUCGAACACACAAGGGCGCGCACGACCAUCUGUCGCGCCGAAAUCUCUUUCUAAUUUGUUUUUACAAUCAGGUUUUGUAAGUGAGUGACAAAAAAAAAUACAAAAGUAACAUUAAAAAACAAAUACACUUUUACAAAGGAAGAUAAAAAUUAUUCUUAGUGUGGUUAGGGAAGCCAGGGAACAGAGUUUAGGGAAAAAGGGGGGUAACUCUAAUAAUGUAAUUAAUAAUAAUAUCAGCGGUAGGAAGUGUACCCCACAGCAGUAGAGGGGGAGGGAGACACUGUUUUUUAAACACCCACAAAAAUACACAAAACACAACACGCACACACCCAUGUAUGCUGCACAUACUGGAUACAAACACACGUACACAACAUCUACACACUCUCAUAUUGACACAACGACACACGUACUCUUCUGUGUCAUCUCCCCCCAGUCUCUCAUGUAUUUCGCAAAUGCGUUAGGAAAGGCCACGGUCCUUCCUCCCAAGGAAAUGAGGUAGCGAGAGAGGUGGCAGCAAAUGUGCACUGGGGCUCCUGCGAACUUGUUUUGACUCUGCGGGGAAAUGUGUUCUAUGAACUGGGCUCUGACACAAGUCUACUGAUGAUGAUCCCCUUUCCUCUCUGAACGAUCUCUGGGGCCAUAUAUCUUCUUUGCCAGGAUCACAGGAAAAGGGGGGUACUCGGUCAUUUGUGUCUUGGUCUUCAUAUGAUACACUACCCUUCGAAAACAUGUACGAAGUUCUGGGAAAACUUGUGCAGAGCAGUCGGCAGCAUAGGAAGAAGAUAACAGAAGCGAGGGGGGGGUUAUAGCAGAAGAGAGGAGUAGUAGUGUGUCGGUUAGUAGCCAUGUUUGAUUCAGUUCGUUCAAACAUCAUCAUCCCCCUUUUUGACCAUGCCAUUACAACGUGCGUCGGCGGUGUGUAGGGUGCGCGCGCGUGUGUUGUUCACGCGUGCGCCCGAAUACGCAAACGGAUUAGUUUUUUGUCUCUUGAUAUUCAGUGAAAACGGAAGAGCCCGAGAAGUAAUAAACAAUAAAUUCUUUACUAGUAAGGAAAACUUAAA